GGUCUCACCACACCUCACCUCACCUCACCUCUCACCCCACCACUUCCCCACCACCGCGAACAACACCCCCCCUUCCCUCCUCCUGCUCAGGUACGACGACGGCCACGAUGCACCCACAUCUCCACACCAAGGACAAUCGAGGAUGCGAGGACGUAAUGAUCGCCCUCGACGAGUGCCAUGCCCGCGGCUUCCUCUACAAGGCGUCAGGCAUGUGCAACCAGGCGAAGCGCGACGUCACGAAGUGUCUGCGCGCCGAGCGUAUCGAACGCACGAGGAAGAACCGCGAGAAGGCGAAUGAGAAGCGCCAGGAGACUGUGCAGAUGUGGAAGGACAUCGAUAAGAAUUCAUGAGUCCGAAUGGACGUGUACUGCGAGAGGUGUAUGAUAUCAAUUGAUGGCAGUCUGAGGCUAGGUCGGUUGGAAAGGCUGCUUAGUUAGACUACGGUAUUAGAGAGUGUACGAUGGCGUGAAAGGUAUUACUUUCAAUUCGAUUCCACUCAAUCGUAAUAGUGGCUUGUAGUA